AUGUCUGAUACUAUUUAUGACGAUGUCACCUGGACUGAGACUGAGGGAAUGAAGAGAGAGAGAGUGGAGAUGACUCUGGAUAUCUAUGAGAGUGCAGAUUGUGUGAGAGAUCAUGACUUCAGGACGGAGACAAACACACACCAACCACUUCAGCGCACAGUCAUAAUGCUGUGUGUCCACACAGAAGAGCAAACGCAGCUACUAAACAAGUUUAACAACCUCACAGAAGAAAGAGACCAGCUACUAACCACGCUCAAAGAUUACAAAACAGAGAAAUAUCUGUUAAUGAUCCAGAACAACAACCUGACCAUUGAAAAUAAAGAUUUAUUAUUCAAGCAUGAUGUUGUAAUGAAACAAAGAGAGCAGGAGAACAAUGACCUGUGGAAAAAUCUUCAUGAAGUGGGUGGAUGUUUUUACUAUCAGUCCAGUCUUUACAUAAUUUCCUUGGAGAAGAAGAGCUGGGCUGAGAGUAGACAAGACUGUAAGGCAAGAGGAGCAGAUCUGAUCACCAUAAACAACAGCGAGGAACAAGGUCUUGUUACAAAAAUGUCUGAUGGUAGUUUUGCUUGGAUUGGUCUGACUGACAGUGAUCUGGAGGGCAGAUGGAAAUGGGUUGAUGGCAGCAGACUUGAAUCUGACUUCUGGAGAUCUGGAGAACCCAAUGGACACAAAGGAGAAAACUGUGUUGUGUCUUAUGCAUCACAGUGGUAUGAUUAUCCAUGUAAUAAUGCUUUUAAGUGGAUCUGUGAGAAGAACAUUUUUAAAUGA